CAGUAUUGAUACAAAUCCAGCAAGGUUAACUUCCAGGCCUAUGUAGGGAGACAUAAUGUAUGUAUUACUUAAAAGUUGUUUUUUUUUAAAUUUUAUCUAAACAUAUAUUAAAUUAAAUGGUGUAAAUAUAAAAUAUGAUUUUUUUUAUUUCGGAUAAAUCGUGUGAUUUUAAACUAAACUAAUUUAAAAAAAGAUAUGUUUUGCUUUUCAAAAGCUCAAAUGCAAUAUAUAUCCUAUAAUAGAGUUUUUAUACAAAUUAUUACAAUCCUUGCUUAAAAAUAUUCAUAAUCCAAAAUCAAAAAAUGAGCUAAACAUGUAGCAUUAAAACGUUUCAUUAAAAACUAAGAAAACAGUUAGAGAUAUAAAUGCAUUCGACAAAUCAUAGCGUGUGACGUAGACAUCGAUCUCUUAGCACGAGGAAAAAUAAUUUCCCUAGGAAAAGGUUUGGUUUCACAGAGUUGAGAUUGUACCUAAUUGUUGCGCAGUUCUCAAACUUUUCUCGAGUCAAGGCACCCUUUUAGUAACAGGCGCCCUAUUUUAAAUUCUGAAAUAUGCACUGUGAAAUAGAACAGUCUCUUUUUUUAAUUUUGACUGCUAGUCUUAAAAUGAUAUAUUUUUUACACUGAAAACGAGAAUAAAAACUUCAAGAACAACACUAAAUAACAUUCAGUUGAUACAAUUUCCUAAAGUCAGUCGACACUAAGACUGCUCGAAACUAACUUCUGUUCAUUAUACGAAUACAAUGUACCAAGUAUGGUUCAGAAGCUACUGACAGAAAUGAUGAACUUAAUUAUGGAAAAGCGCUCUCUAAUAAACAUUUUUAAAAGACAUUAUAAAAAAUUAUUAUUAAACAAGUAACAGUUUUGCACCACACCCGAUAGAUGAAGUGUAAUAGUUGCGUUGCGGUGCUUCUACAAGGAAGCGCUUGCUCUCCAAGAUGCCAUGGAGCUCAGUUUGGGAUAAUGUCGACUAGAUUAUAACACCAUAUCUUUGUUAUGAGAGACGCAACAAUACUUAAACAUUUAUGUUGAAAAUUAAAUUAAACGACACCUAAAAGAUGUUUCUGGUUGUUUUAAGAUCAUUUAUAUUCAUUUUUAUUAUUGUAUUUUAUAGUAAUUUUCUCAUGCCCUAUCACUUUAACAUCGCAGAUUAUAUCGGCAACUAUUUUACAAAAUAAAGAAAGAACAUAUUACGCACCAAAGGAACUUGCGACAUUGAAAAAAAAAAGAAUCCCAUUUGAAAGAAUGUGUUGCCAUCGCCAACAAGUCCGUCGGCCAGGUCCACCUCGAUGGGUUGACUUAGUGACACUUUUUUCUCCAAAAAAACAUGUGUAUAUCCAUGGAUGGGGGCAAAAUAAUAUCCGUUAUUAAUGGAAUUAUGGGUAUUAAAUAAACAAACAGCAAAAAAAAAGAAAGAAAUUAACUCCAAAUCACUAAAGUAAAAUGAAAUUAACUUUAUUUUUUAUAAAAAAAUGAAAGAAACUUACACUAAAUAAAGGCUAUGCUCAGCGUUUACAAGCACAAUAACAGGUGCUCCCCCUUUUCUAAAAUUAUGUUAGGCCUAUUGUAAACAGACCACACCAAUUGUGUAGAUUUAUUCGAACCCAAAGCUACUCUUGUGCCAUAAAAUCUGAUUAAUCAUUCAUCUCAUACCAACACCAUAUUAACAUUGAAAAGGAUUUAUUAUUUAAAGUGGAGCCUGAUGUAACUGUAUUUCUUUUAAUGUUUUAAUAGAUGAUAAUUGCAUUUUGUGCAAUUUGACAUAUUUUCACAAAACAGUAAUAAAAACUAUUAAAUGGUUUCAUAUCCCAUUACAGCAUUCCUUUUUUUUAUAGAAAUUAUAAUUUUUUUUUUUAACAGGGCUGAUAAUCAGGUAAAUAAUAGCUUCGGCGACUUGAUGGAGCUCAUUGGAUUUGACCGAACAAGUCAACAGACGGAUAUCAUGGAAAUUUGCAGAAAGUUUCUAGGAAAUCUUACGCUCAAUCCGACAAUCUUAGACAGAAUGAGUGUUUUCAAUGAUGAAGAAAAGUAAAAAAAUGUGCUGUACUUUCAUUAACUUUUAAUUAUGAAAAAUUAAAAGUAUGUUUAGGUAUUGAUUAAAAGAAAUGUAAAGAUAAUUACCCUUUGCUAUAGCCUCUCUUAUAAAUUAAAUUAGUUUCAUAUACUAGUUAUUAUUUAUUUGUUUAAUUUUUUUCAGAGACGAUACAGUUAUUUACAAUCAAAUUGAAAUCUUAAAAAAAAAAACAAGUUUACUAUUCCGAAUAGCAUAUGCGUUUAAUGUUUUUUUUCUUCAGAAAAUCGUAUUUCUAUUAAAAGUAUGCUUUCUACAGCACAAUUUAUUGUUUAUUUCCUUUUUCUUUGACAAUUGAGUCUGUAUUUUUUUCCAAAACACAAUUCAAUCUCUGUUCAUUUUCCAGUGCACAAUGGAUUCUCUAUUUUUUCUAGGGGGUUACCUAUUUGUUUUCUACUGCACUGUUGAAGCUUUGUUUAUUUUUCUCCUACAUACUUGUUUCUCGAUAUGUUUUCUACUGCACAUUUUAUUCUACUUCUUUUUCCCUUCUUUAGAGCUUCAGUUUUUUUGUAGUACAAUUCAGAAUUAAAACUUAACUUGAUGUAUUCAUGUCGUCACAUCUGUUUUGAUGUCAUGCAUCUGCACCCACUAGUGACGAUACUGUUAUAAAUAUAUUUGUGUGACCCAUUAGAUGUAGAACACAGAAUUGCGUUCCAACGAUUUUUAAGCUAUUCUUAAUUAAGCUUUUAGUUUUGGCGAUUAGUUACUUGCCAGAUGCAUUUUCAGUGGCAUAUACAAUUUUAGUUGUGUUCAUGAAUAGCGAAUUUAAAAAUGCAGAAAUCGUAUUUAAAGUUUGGGUUACACAGGGAAUGUUCAUGUCGUUAUUUGCCACUGCGAAAAGUGGUGAAGAGAGUCUGUCGUGUUUUACUCUAAAGCAACAUCAAAAAAUAUCCAUAUUUGACAUGUCAAGUGUUUUGGCUAAUUAACUUAAAGCAGACAUUCAACUAAUGGUAUCACUUUACUAAGGGCAUGCAAAGUAUGUUUUUAGAGAAGUAGAAGUGAUUUAAUAUUACUUAGUGCCUAUACAGAGUUCUACAUUGAAAAUCAAGCUCCAAUAUUGAUAUAUAGUUAUUUCAUUUAUUAAUAAAUUAAUGAAAAUAUUAAACAAAAUUAAAAAUAAAAAGUUUGAAUUUUAAGGUUUGUUACCGUUAAUAAAUUUUAUAUUUUUUUGUGUUGUUAUCUUUUUUUUUUACCAAGAUUGAUAACCACUGUUCUAAAAAAAUAUGUGUGUAACACGUGGCGACGCUAGGGGUGGGUUGAAUGUGCCAAAGGGGCGGUGUUCGGAAUUUGUUAAAAACACAUUGAUUUACAGCAAAGCUCCCCGGAGACUAAACUAAUGUAUUUAAGCUCAUAGUUUUGUUAUGCUCAUUGGCUCCAUAUCUUGUUUGUGCUGUCCCUAUAUAUGUUUCUUACCCUUUAAUAACUAAAACAUGAUUGAGAGAAUAGCAAUCCUAUUUUACAUCAACGUGACGUCGAAUUUCGUCACAUUGUCUUUUUAAAAAAAAUUCAAUGAAAUGUAAUUUUUUUUUACAAAUACAAUGUUAUUGUAAAUCUAUUUCAUUUAUUUUAUGUGUCGAGAAAGCUCUAAAAUGUAUGCAGACCAAUCAGGAAAUCCUGUUUUUAGACGUAACUGAGUUAUGUAGUUCAAUGGUAGCUGUCGACCUAGCUUUAAAGACUGUCUUGAUCCAAAUAUAUUUUUGACUACUUGUUUGGUUUAGUUAACUUACCAACUAUUACAUUUUUUUUUUUUGGGGGGAGCACAUAUAAUUCUUCAGUCGAAAUCAACUAUGACCACCUGAGACAACAUUACUCAUCGUUUAUGCUUAAUGUGAAAUGCGCAUAUGGUAGAUGAAAUCUAUAAUUGCACGAAAUGCUCUUGUUCUGGGAUAUAUUUAACACAUUAAAACGGUUACAAUAGAAAACUGAUCACAGUAGUCGACGUGUAUCAAGUAGAAUUUUUAUAAGGACCUUCAAAAAUAAUAUGUUUAAUUUCUUACACCAAUCUUUAAGAACUUUCUUGAUGCUUUGAUUCCAAAAUUAGAAAAUGCGAGCGGAUCGCUCAAAUUUCCGUUGAUGAAAGGUUCAACAUGAUGCUACUUCGUUGGCAACCUGGGGUGGCAAACGUACUGCAUGAUCACUCGAACUCAAGGGCCUAUUUCAAAGUAAGUGCUUCAUACAUAAUACAUUCCCCAAUUAGUAUAAUUGAUAUGCAUUACAGUUGGGAAAAUCCAGAAGUCUAAAAGAAUUUUUUUUUAUUUCUUUUUUUUAAAUGGAAGACUUUUGAAAUAAAUAAUUAGCAACGAAAACUACAGUGCCUUUAAAUAUGAUGUUUGUUUUAAGGUUUUGAGAGGUAGAGUGAAAGAAGUUCACUACAACUAUGACGUCAGCAGACCACAGGGUGAGAGACUACGAGACAGGGCCAGCCUUACCAUCAAUGAGGGCGAGAUGAAUGAUCUGGACAGUGCGUUUGCUUUUGUUUCUUAAAUAGCUAAUCUUAAAUGAAAAAAAUAACUCAAUAUAUUAGACGUAGUUUUUAAAUCAAUAUAACUCGACAAUUGAGCUUUAAGAAAUUGAACAAAAAAAUUUGCUGAAAGUUUUAAUUUUACAUGUCAAAAGGUGCUUAAAUUUGAUGAAAUCUAUGGUACCAGAAGACUAGGUGAGCAGUCAGGGCAUUCAAAAACAUUAACAUUCAAAGUAAACAUGAUCUAACUAAUAGUAUAAAAUACUACAAAAAUGACUUAUGAUAUUCUAAUUGAAAUAUUUAUGACAUUUCUUCUUUCAAAGAAAGCAAAAAUAAAAAAAAAAUUAAAAAAAAAAAUUCAUGGAAAAGAUGCAACAGCAAACUAACUUGUCUAAAUGAUUUGGCAAUCCUUCCUAGAUUACAAAUACUUUAAAUUAUUUUCAGGGUGGCUGCCUUAUUUAUAGUAAAUGUUCUUUAUGUUAGUAUUAUUAUUAAUUACUUUUUUUUUUUAAAAUGCAACUCACCUUCUUAGAACAAUCUUUUCUAUUUCAUUUAUUAUUUUUUUUUUAAAAUGUAUUUUCAAUACAGAUUUCAGAGACUAUCAUAGGGUAUUUAAUGUGGGUGACCGUGUGGCUGUCACCAUUCAUAUAUACAUGUAAGUUUGUUCUGUUUUUGUUUCAAAUGUUAAGAAAAAUAUACGAAAGGCAAAGAAAGAAAGAAAAAAAAACAUUUAACCUUGCACUCAUAGGCAUGGGUGCCUAUUGGACAUAACAGUAACCCCAUUUUUUUCUACCGGAAAUGAAAGGCUUGGACACAUUGCCAUACAUUAUUUAGGUUUAUUUGUCAUAAUCAGCUAUUUUCCAUUUCGAUUUCUUUUUAUCUUUUUAUGUGAAAAUGGGAAAGCUAAUAGAGUUAACUGGAAAGGGCUUAAAUAAUUAUGUGAGCGAAAUUUCAUUUAAACUUCAUUGUUAUAAUAAAAUAUAUCCUUAUAGUCUAGUCAUUUAGAAUGUUUAAAUCCCUUAUUUUACUUAAUUAUUUUUUUUUUUUAUUUUUUUUAUAAUUUUUACAAGCCAUUUACACUUCUGAAGUAUUUUUUCUUUCAUUCAAUCUUAUGCAAAUUAAAAAAAUAUAUAUAUUAUGUGAAUCAGAACGAUAGAAGCGCAGCUUUUUUCGUUAUCAUGCUACAUUAUUAUGUUGAAAAUCAAUUUGGUAAUAAUUUAUUCAUGUUCCAUGUGAAUUUCUUUAACUUUCAUAUAUACUCAUUAAUUAAAUGGUUUGUCUUGGGGUCAAGAUCGGAUGUGACUUAAAUAUCAGCACCUGGUCUCUGAUGUUCAUCAUCAUCAUGUCCUUUAGUCCUUGGACAGUUGUGGCACCACAGAUGACAUAUGAAUUAUCCUCCUCCAUUCGUCUAUGUCUUCUGCACGUCUCACAGCCUCCCCAUUGUUUUUAGUCCUGUGCAAUCUUUUUGAUGUUAUCUUCAAAUCUUUUUCUCUGUAAUUCUCUUCUUCUCCCUCCUCUGAGGCUACUCAUCGGGUGUUAUCUGGCCGCGAGGCUCUAUGAACACCCCUAUUCAUGUUAGUUAAUAUCAGCUUAAGAUGAACGUUUCUGUACAGACCACCACUGAGGAUGUGUAGAUGCAUCAACCAAGAGACUGAGGAUAUCACAGAUGUUUGGAUGGAUGAGAAUGCCCGGGGAAAAUUGGUAAAUAUAGUUGAAGACUUGAAAUUUAAAACUAGAAUUAUAAAUUGAAGAAGGGAAUAAGUAACAAUAACAUAAGUAUAAAUUAAAGUAUGGAUAAUUUAUUGUUUGUUUUAAAAAAAAAUUAAAGGAAAUUUUCGGCCGUCAAAAAUCUGUAUAUGUCAACUUAAUAUUUUUAUAAAUAUUGUUUAAAUUUAAAUCGAGCAACUUCCCGUAUUGAUCCUGAUUUAUAAAUGAUUUAACUUUCAAAGACCAAUUUGUUAAAUAUCUGUAAUCUCAAGUGUAACCAUUAUUUGAUUGACCUGGAAGGGAGUCUCGGUAGAAGACACAUACUGCUGUUUUUAGUACACUGAGUUUACUACUACACUAUGACAAUCUUUGAAGCAGGUUACAGACAAUUUUCAAUCAGCCACACAAUCAAAGUUUGAAGAAACAAUUUAAUUAUGAUACAUUCGGACAAUUAUUAAUCCUUUGAAUAUAAUUCUUCAAAAAAAAUUAUUAUACUAACAUAAGGAAAAACAUUACUAGCCAAUAUAAAUAGUGAACAAAAGAAAUAAUUAUUAUUUUAAUUAUUUUUAUCGUUUUGAUUUUGAAAAGCAUUUUAUAGUCCCUUAACUAAUGAUUAAAAGUAAUUAACCCUUUUUUUUUCUUUCAAAUCAUCGAGUUUUUUUCGUUAAAUUAAUUCAACAAUUACUUUAUUGAUGAACAUCGGUCGAUUUAUGUAUUAUUUAUUUAUUUUGAUACCCAUUUACCUCGUUUAACAUCUUCAACCUGGACGUUGGAAAGACUGAUGAAAAGUGUCCCUUUAGUAGACAGUGUCAGUUGUUCAACUCAUGUGUAAAAACAUUUUUCUUGAUACAUCACAAUGAAUAAUUACUUCUAUUCAAAAUUGUAUCAAUAGUGUUUAUUUUCUAGUAUGUGUAUGAAGCUUAUCGAGACUGAAUAAUCGACACCGGCUGCAAGAGACAACCAAUAUGUUUGUCAAGGGGCAAACACAAGCUUUAUAUAUUUUUUUCUUUAGUUUUAAAUGUUCGUGUAUGUGUAUGCAGAUUGUAAACUUACAAUACAUACAUUUAUAUUCAGGCUCGUCAUUUCAUGUUUUUUAAUGGAAUGGGGAUGGGGGCAAAACCAAAACUUGGUCAGCUUUUAAAGUUGUUUAAAACUUGAGGCGUCACAAUACAUAGCAAUUUAAAUAAAAAAUGCAAAAAGGAAGAGGAGGUAGGGGGAGAGAAUGUCCAACCCUGCGCUAACCAAAUGACGUCCCUGUAUCAAAUGAGAUAGUGGCUCUCCUUAAUUUUUUUUUUAAAAGUUUAUAUCAAAUGUAUAUAUGAAUAUUUCUACGCCUGUAUGCAUGCGUGCGCAUAUGUAAUUAUAUAUGUAUGUAUGUAUUUAUGUUUAUAUGUAUGUUUAUAUGGAUAGAUGGAUCAACGGACUUACAAACGUAUGUACGGACGUAAGUAUGAAUGGACGGAUGGAAAGAGAGACUGAAGGAUGACAGGAUAUGCGGAUCCAUGCAUGAGAGGACGGACGAAAGGAUGGAUGAAUGAACGGAUAGCUUGCAGGACAUAUGGAUGGGUGAAUACAAUGAUGGAUGUCUUUAAUGUCUAUUACAUAUACUUUCUUUUGUAAUUAAAAUUUUAAAUGGACAUGUAUUGAUUAACAUAUUAUUAGUCUCAUUUCAACAAGACCGCUUUAUUUUAUGUUUUAUUCAUUUUCUUUAUACAUAAAUGAACAAUACAAUACUAUUCUAUUUUUAUUACUAGAAUUUAUUAUAGUAUGAUCUCUACUCUUUGCCUCUUAUUAACCAAAUCUAAAAUAAAUAAAUAGAAAAAAACUAAUAAUUUUAGUUAA